UCGUUGUUAGAAGCUUCAGUUCUUGUCAUGUCAGGUCGGGGCAAGGGCGGGAAGGGCCUGGGUAAAGGCGGCGCUAAACGCCACCGCAAGGUGCUGCGGGACAACAUCCAGGGCAUUACCAAGCCCGCCAUCCGUCGCCUUGCCCGGCGCGGAGGGGUCAAGCGCAUCUCCGGACUCAUCUACGAGGAGACCCGCGGGGUGCUGAAGGUGUUCCUGGAGAACGUGAUCCGGGACGCCGUCACCUACACCGAGCACGCCAAGCGCAAGACGGUCACGGCAAUGGACGUGGUCUACGCGCUCAAGCGCCAGGGCCGCACCCUCUACGGUUUCGGCGGCUAGGUCUACCAUUCUCUGUAACCUUUUACUCUUAAACAAAAGGCCCUUUUCAGGGCCGCCCA